GUUGUUUACCCGGUCAGCACAACCCGUCAGUUACGCAGGGCAGACCGCGUCGAUAGGAUGGCUGAUUAGCCGAUGGUUGUUCUAAAAUGAGGUGCUUUUGGCAUACACCCUCAAUAUCCUGGAUGAAUCACGCAAACUACCUUGCCUAAGCAAUGAUAGUACUGAGUAUGAAAGGAAGAACGGUCAAAUUACUGCCAAACAAAAUCACCGCUGCAUCGAGCCCACCACUACUACUACAGUCUAGUUACCCUCGGGGAAUUAUUGGCGUUCCGGCCAGGUACUGUACCUUAGGGGAAAAUCCUAGCAGCAAGAGCAAGACUCUGGCGCUUUCCGACGGAGAGAGCCGUACGGUCAGGUAUGGAAACGGUAAUGUAAGGCCCACUAUGACGCUUUUUCUGCCGUGCCCCUCUAAGACUCCAUCGGCCGCCCGAUGCGAUGGAGACAUUCAGGGUGGCCAGACCAGGGAAUCAUUCGUACCUGUUACUGGGUGUGGGAACGCCCUAGAAACAACCACCACGCUAAAAAAGAAAAAGGAGAAAAUUAAAGAAGAAAAAAAAAAUUUCAAUAACAGGAAAAAAAAAAAAGGGAAAAUGAGUCCUGAAGGGGGUGUAGGGAGUAUAUUUGGGUUGCAAAUAAAAAAAUAGAGCUUGUCCUGCCUCAUUCAAAGGCAGCUGCUCUCCCACUUCUUCUUUCCAUUCUUCGGUUUGCUUGAUAGCCUAGAUCUAUUUCAUUCUUCUUCUACAGUUGUUCCAGAUAUAGACUACUACAACUACUACAACUGCACUACCACUACUGCUACUCCCACAACACGAUUGCCUCUCUUCACUACUCGUGUACACUUUGUCUGCUGCCUCAUCUCAGCAAUCAUAUCAGGCUUGAACUUUUGACUGUAAUCAAAAGUUCUUAUAGGUACAAGAUUCAAUUUC